GUCGGUUAAACUUUUAAUUAAGGGCGUGGUUAAUUUAAUAUAUCGCAAAAGAGAAAACAUUGCAUCUUUUUAUGAUUCCUUUGGAAUUAGUAGUAAUUACCGCUUAUAGGGUCGAAGCUGCCGAUAUCGAAGAUGUAUUUCCUUGCGCUUACGGCAAAGCAUCCAGGAGAUUACGUCGCCCGCUAUGCAUUUCGAUUGUUACCUAUAAUUGACAUUCAAUGUCUACGGGUCACAUGGAUUCGAGUAGUAGCAGAAAAUCCGAUACUUCGCACACGAAUUAUUGAUAUCCCGACACGAGGACUGGUUCAAGUGGUGGUCACGAAACAUUCAACACUGCACGCCUGCCAAACUGUAAACAUGAUACUUGUUGAGUAUCUUGACUUGGAUCGCUCAGCACUUACGGGUCUGGGACUGCCACUCGUGCGAUCUGCUGUCUUGCAAGAAACUCACGCAGAUGCGGAGCUGUCGCAGAGCUUUUUUAUUUAGACACUCCACCAUGCAGUGUACGAUGGUUGGUCGAAGACCAUUCUCUUUGAACAACUUGCCACGGCCUAUCAUUUAGCACAGGACCCGAGCAAAGGAUUGCCUCAUGCGGUACCACCUCAA